AUGGCCAAUUUUACAACCACAGAUGAUGAACAGCAAUUGGCGGCGGAGCGACAUCGCAAAUUCUGGGGCACUGCCAAAAUCGCCAUCCGCCAAAUCAUUCCCCAUCCUUCCAUUUCGCAGCGGUUGGACCAGCGGAAUGUCCAGCGGCUUUGUGAGAUUUUUGAAAAAGAGGGCUGUCGGAGACUUGCCGCCUACAAUCACGUCACUGCGGUUGUGUCGAAACACCAUUUGGACGACGCGCUACAGGCUGCACGGGUGGGUCCUGCAGACACUACCGAUAACCCCCACCCCUACCCUCAGCUGCAUUUCGCUCGUGGGCAGGUCCAAUGCCUCCACGGGCAGCAUCGGCUGAGGGCUGCAGAGGUGCACCUACCAUCCUGCGAUCAGUGGUGGACAGUGGACGUGUAUUUGGAUGACAUAAGUCCCGACCUCUACAACUGGCUUAUCGAUGAGUACUCCAACGAACGGUUGCAGAGUGACGGUGAGAUCUACCGAAGAAUCCGGCAGUACCAGCGCGAGGCGAAUGCCCAUUUUGAGGCCCGGUGGGUGGCGCGACUGUCGGAAAACAAAGCCAGGCGGCUUCGGGCGCUCGAAUCACGUCCGCGUAUCCGGACCGCCUUUGACUGUCUGCUGGCCCUGCCGGCACUGCUGGUGCACGGGAUGCAGAUUGGGUCGCUUCCAGAGGUCCUGGCCUCAAACUGUGACGAGGAGAUCUGUCACGCUCUAACCGAGCUGUAUCGGUACUGGUCCUCACUCGUGGGGGAUGACCCCGCUAAGAUGCUCCGAAUCGAUGUCCAUACGGUGAGCACGCUGCAGCUUCUUGCCCCUGGCGUGUCCUCCACGGACAGGGCUCACGUGAAGGGUCUUGUGCGGAGCGGGGCGGUCUUUGCCAAUUUCUCGACGGCUGAGAGGGCAUCCAUUUGGAAAGAGAUGAAGAGGCCGAGUGUGAUCAUUCCAUCCCUAACGUCAUUUUUCAAAGACGUCCGAUUCCUGAAGUCCUGUGCCAACGGCGUGAAAAUGCUGGUCACGCCUUCUGAGGAUUCCACGACCAUAAGGAAAGCGCUGCGGGCUGCCUUUCUGUACAACGACGCGGAAAACGCGACUUACUCUGUGCAAACCUCCGAGACAACGUUCCGGCGCUAUUGGAACCCGCAAAGUGAUGCCGCAGAGCUUUCGUAUCGACAGCUGUGGCUGUAUGCCAUACGUCAUUAUGCAGAACUCUCCAAGUCAUCGCUCAAAAAAGAUGCCGCAGGAAAGUUUGGCCACAAUGAUGAAGACCCACAGGUGCUUCAUGGGAUGGCUGCUCUAGCAAAGCGGCUUGGAUUCCAAACGCCCCAGAUCGAGGAGCUCCUCCAACAAUCACCAGAUCGCCUCAUCGCGCGAAACGCACUCCUGCACGCUCGGCCGCACGACCGCUUUCAGUUUCAUGACGGAGAGCUCGAUCGUCUCGUGGAGCGGAUUACCGAGUGCUUCUCGUUGGCGGUCCCACGUCGCUGUCAACCCGCCGUGCAUCCGAGUGGGAGGGAGGUCAAGAAGGUGGCAAGGUGCGGGUAUCCGGCUGCCCAGGCUCAGGUGCGGGAUCAACCUUUUCUUUUCGUGGAUCACCUCAACGACACCGAGGUGCUUGAUACGACGAAAGUGACCUCUCUUUUCGUGCGAUGGAAUUUCUACAAAACGUUCUUCGGUAAAGUAUCCGUGCCCGGGAAGGAUGAUCGGACGACGAGAUCCGACAGUAUCGGCGUGCUUCCUUCUCCCCUUCUUGUUCCAAGCUUAGCUAGUGAGAGUAGCGACGAGGAUGGCGGCUCGCCCGAUCAAGAUACAACCACUCGAAAGACACACCCCGGAACAAAGCUAAGCGGAAGAGGCUUCAAAAAAAAACACCCGCCACAAUCUGAUCCUCAAUCCUCUCACCCAGAAUCUGUUGUCAUGGUUCCAUCAACAACGAAUUCGCCUCUUCAGCUUGAAAUGGAGAUAGAGGAUCUCGAUAUCAUUCUACCAGUGGGGAAUGGACCGGAAGUCGCGGACCAGGGAACUCAUGUGGCUGGUGUAAUCGGUGGUGCAGUCAGUCAUGAUGCUUGUGGAGGAGCAAAUUCCCCUCGCUUUUUGGAAUUGGAAAUCAGCAAUGUGGCCCAUAGUUCUCAAAAACGCCAGUUCGAGCCAAAGACCACAGAGGUAUUGGAAGUAUCAGAGGGGAGCGGUGAUGAAUCGACAACGGAGCAAGGACUGGUAGAUGACGGUAAGGAAGUAACCCUAGCCAGGAGCCAGUCUCCAGCCGAUCGAGUUAUGGAAGAACAUACAAGCAUAACGGGAUCGCAAACGACGGAAGAGUGGAGUAAAUCCGGGGGCGAGAUUGAGAAAACUUUAUACGCAUUGGAGGGUCGUCGAUCACGGAGCGGGACAAAAAGAAGUUCUCGUUUGAGCAAGAACCGAACAGACGUUAGAGAAAAAGACAGAUGGAAGCCAUACGAUCGCUCACAUCGGAGGCUGCAAGCUCGGGGAUCUCCCAUGCCUCCUCACCGGGAAUCAUUAGAGCAAGCAAUUAAAACUCUUCUCCAAGCGGCAGACUGGCCAUCCGGAGAGUCAAUGAUCCAAGACGGUCAUGGCUCAGGAACUCAAAGACACCCAGAAGAUAGGCAAAGCAAACACUCUCAUCGUGCAGCGGAAUCCUGGAUGGCCGAGUGGGCAGAGAUAGCGAAUGGCAACCCGUAUGAGUCCACUUACACUGGUGCACCAAUACAGACUAAGAGCCGCUCCCGGAGCCCAGACCGAGAGGAAUUCCCAGCGCUAGACCCUACCAAUUUCUCUCCAGAGAUAGACGUUCAUUCCCGGCUCAAUCUCUCAGUUACCCCACACCGCUGGGACCAGAGACAAUAUCUAGGACUACAAAAGGUAGCCUCCCAACUCGCAGCGCCCUUUGGAGCCCGGGAGACAGAGACGGAUCCGCGAGAAAAUAACACCGAGAAUAUCAGUGAUUGGGAAAAGAUCACCACCAGAACACUGGCUUCUGCUGGACAUGCCAAAUGCGUGAUUUCAUUUCUUGCCCCUGAUAACAGGGGCGAAUGGAGUCAUCUUGUGCACAAAGUGACAGUCAAUCCGUCUGAUCUGUCCCCGGUCGCCCAAGUUGCGGCGAAAGAUGCCCGGGAACGACAGGCGGUGUUCUACGACUGUCAUUUGCAUCAGCUCCAUCCCGCCCGAUGCGUUGAUGCUGCAAUAGAGGAUGGGACUUAUACGGUGUUUAUAACCUUCGGUUACGAAUUGGCUGUCAAUGAGGAUACAAUGGCCUCGGUUGGACGAGCGCUCCAGUACCGCAACAGCCACCGUGGUCGGCCGAUCCAGUGA